AAUUUACAUUGCAAACAGCUCAACUCCAUAGCCUCAUUACUGCGAAAUAUCGACAACUCACAAUGUGUGCCUACAUCCGCCAGCUUACGAAAUGCGAAAACUGCAGCGAAAUCCUAAUGGAUGACAGUUCGCGUGCAUACCAAUGCCAAACUAACAAGGAAGGCCGUCCUUGCCAAGAUGUAUUUCUAACCUUGGGCACCAAAUAUGUCGGCCCAGAUAAGUGUCCCCCGUGUGUGACGAAAGGGGAGGAGAGGAAGAAGAAGGCAAAGGAAGCGGGCAGGUGAUUGGAUAGAUUGCAUUCACGGGCACUGGAACACAACGUAACCGAUGUGUGAUUUUCAAUGUGAUACAGUUUAGUUCAAUAGAAUCGUUUCCAUCUCCUCG